GCCAGGAGGCGCCGAGGGCCCCCCGGCGGGCGCCCCCGGCGGCGGCGGGGAGCCCCCGGGCCGGGAGCCCGGCGGCGGGGCCGGGGCGGGAGACGACGACUCCGAGCUCGAGAUCAUCUGCGUCUCGGAAGGCCCUGGAGUGGUCGCGGCGGGCGGCAGAGACGCCGACGGAGGCGCGGGGCGGCAGCCGCGGCGGCUCCGGCGGCGGCCUGGCUUUCGCCGGGCGCCGCGCCUCGCGGGGCAGGGCGUGCGACCUUGGGGGGGGGGGGGCGGGCCGUGGAGGAGCAGCACCCCAGCAGCCGAGGUCAUGGCGCUGUCUUGCUGCGCUUCUCGGGGAGCGGGUGCUUCGGGAGAGGCUGGCAGCGCGCGGCUGCCGCGGCGGCGGCGGCGGAGCGAGCGUCCCCUGAGCCGGAGGAGCCGCUGUGGACUCCAGACGGCGCGGGGAACUUGACCCACUGGUGCGCGGAGUCCAGGCGCUUGUUCCUCUGGCAGGACCCCUUGCUGCCGUCGCUCGCGGGAGGCCAACGGCGGAGGAGAGAGCGCCGCUGCUCGUGGGCGCGCUGGAGGUCUGAGCGCCUGGCGCGCGCCUCGCGCGCCUCUCGCGCCCCGCGGCGGCAGGCCCAGGGGGGGGGGAGGGGCCGCCACUGUGCCCGUGGAGAGCCGCACGAGAGCCCGG